UCCCGCUCCAUCCGCAUCCUUCCACCCCCCACCGGCAAGACCACAUUCCGCGCUGCCGUCGCCAUGUGGGACGAUGAAGACAACAACCCAUACGGCUCUUUUGCCCGCCACGACUCCAAUUCCUCCCAUGUUCCCGGCCUCUCCUCCCCCAGCUCAUUGCCCUACCGCCCCGCCACGCCGCCGUCAGACCCGGACUCCCCCGCCUUCGAUGCCACAGAUUACAAUCCUCAACGCGCCAUGAGCGAUGUCGACUACGACGACGACGAAGACGAUGGGGGCUUCUCGGGCGCCGAUCAGCAAGGCUCCGGCGCAACCGUUGGCCCCGCCCACCCGCCUCAUAGAAAGGGUCGCUACGACAGCCGCGUCGAGGAAUGGCUAUACGAGAAUCCCGAUUCUUCCAUCCUCAUCACUUAUGCCGGCAAGAAUCUCGAGGGAGGCGGCGGAUAUAUUGCCUACACCAUAAGCACAGGGGGCAUCGAAGUGCGGCGCAGAUAUUCCGAAUUCGCCUCGUUGCGCCAAACCUUGGUCAACCUUCACCCAACCCUCAUCAUCCCUCCUAUACCCGAGAAACACACCAUGGCCGACUAUGCUGCCAAACCUACAAAAGCAAAGGAGGAUGCAGGCAUCAUCGAGUUGAGGAAGCGCAUGCUCGCCGUUUUCCUGAAUCGUUGUCGCAAGAUGUUCGAUGUGCUCGACGACGGCGUGUUUUGGCGCUUCCUUGAUCCUCACACUGGCUGGAAUGAGCUCCUCAAUUCACCACCCGUCUCCAACAUCCCCAAACAGGUCCUCAAAGCACCCCCGCUCGACACCGCAAACCCAUCUCAAGCUCAUAGCUACCUCCCUGUCCCCUCAUCGUCCGCGAAGCUCAAGUCCAAUAGCGCUACCUCAUCGUCGGGAACCCCCACCUCGCCGCCGAACUAUGCCGCUCAGCCAUCCGUCGCCGCCCAUACUAUCACCGGUCCGCAAAUCUUCGGCCGCUUUCCCCCAGAGACAAAGAGUUUAUCCGAGGAGGAACUAGAUCCAUAUUUUGUCAACUUUGAAUCGUCCUCAAAAGAGCUGGAGAGCUUGCUGCAAGGCAGCAUGGAGAAGAUGAAUCGGCGCACACUCUCACAUCUCGUAGCGCUGGGUGAUGAUUUGGCAGAAUUGGGCGCCCGCUUUAACGCUUUUUCGCUUUCUGAGCAGUCUCAGUCCCUUGCGGCAUCGAUCGAGAAGACCGGGCAAGCGGUGGAUUCAACCUACAUUGCGACGGCAGAACUUUCAUCAUCUCUGAGUGCCAGUUUUGCUGAGCCGAUGCGCGAAAGCGCGCAGUUCGCCGGUGUGGUGCGCAGCGUGCUCAGGUACCGCGUUCUCAAGCGCAUACAGGAGGAAAUGACCAAAGACGAAUUGGAAAAGAAGAAGGCGCUCUUAGAUUCGCUUGAACGGAGCGAAGCCGAGGCGAAGCGUUUGGAAGAGCACCUCAGCGGGGCCAGCGUUUACAACCCACCGCGCGCGCGAUCAACGUCGGAGAGCUCGCAGCGUAGCAACCAAGAGCGCCGGCCUGAAGAGGACACGGCAUCCAUCGACUCCGACUUCCCACCUACCCAUGGCGAUCGCGACCUUCACCCUUCAGCCUCGCAAGGCACCCCUGAUCCCCCGUCUUCUGCCAGUCCGCACAAAAAAAGUGCUAGCGGCAACUUUGUAACCAACAAGCUUUUUGGGCCAAUAACGCAUGCGUUCAGGGGCAUGGCGGAUGUAGACCCGGAGAGAACGCGGAGAGACCAGAUGGGCAAGACGAGGGAAAGUCUGCAGCAGCUCGAACAAGCGUUGCAAGUUGCGGAGAAGGACACAAAAGACGCAAGUACCGGCGUACUUAAAGAUUUACGCCGCUUCCAAGAGGAAAAAGAAAACGAUCUCAGGCGGUACAUGAUGGAAUUCGCACAGUGCCACAUAGAUUGGGCACGCCGUAGUCAGGCCGCGUGGGAGGAAGCCAAAGUCGAAGCGGGCAACAUCCAGGCCGAUAUCCCUAUUGAUCAGUAGAUAGCUAUUUUGUUGUAAAGUAAUGACAUGCAUGCAUCGCAAGUCCGGAGAGUGCUGGAGAAUUAAUACCUUUUG